AUGGGUCAAGUAUCGUGUACCAUCAGGAGCUCAGGUGAAGUACGAAGCAUCCCUGUCAUUGUACGUGUCACAGACAUCAAUGACAAUGCACCAGUCUUCUCUGGGCUACCCUAUGCUAUUACAGUGCCAGAGCUAACACCAUUAGGCAAUACAAUCUUCAGGGAGGUGCAUGCUGAUGACUUAGAUGCUGGUGUGAAUGGCCAGGUGCACUACAGUAUAGUACCAGGCAGUAGUAACCCUGACAGUGAUGGCUAUGGCUACUUCAGUAUCACUCUGCCUCACCAAGGUCUCAUCACUGUUAAUCGAUCUCUUGAUUUUGAGAGAACAUCAGUGUACUAUGUUACUAUUAUGGCAGUUGAUCAAGCUCAGUCUGCAGAAAGUCGACUUAGUAGUACAGCAACUCUCACAGUGAAUGUGGCCGACAGUGAUGACCAGGACCCAGCAUUCAAUUAUGCUUCCUGUACUCGGGUUGGUUCCAUUUGUGCUAACCCAGAAUACAGUGCUUCUGUUACUUCAGGAGAAGUAUCUGGGGUCCUAAGCAUUCAACCUGAGAGAAUUCAUGCAGUUGAUCUGGAUUCAUUGUCCACCCCAGUGAGGUAUUCGUUCAUGUCGGGUCGGCCAGGAACAUAUGACCGCUUCUUUGUUAUCAACCCACAAUCAGGAGCUGUUACCCACACUACUGCUGUUGAAAGGGCUGUCACUACAAAGUUUGAGAUCGUUGUAAAGGCAGAGGAAGAGAGUGAAGCAAAAAGAUUUGCCACAGCCAAGCUGGUGAUCAGUGUUGUAGGUGUGGACUCCUCCCCACCAGUGGUGACAGCUUCCUCCUAUACUGGCAAUGUAGAUGAGAAUGCUGUCCCUGGGACCCCUGUGUACGAUGACUACCCUCGCCCCCAACCCAUUACACUCACUGUCACCGAUCCUGAUCUUACUGCCGGUGAUGACCUUCCAACAUACACUUGGGAGAUGACUACCACUGCAUUUAAAGUGGCCCCAGGAGGUCAACUUGUGGUAGCUGAAAAUAGUCUUGACCGUGAUCCUCCCAAUCUUGGACUUUACACUUUUCAGAUUGUGGCAAGAGAGGCAUGGGAGGGUGGAGCAGCCAGUGGACCUAUCACCCUCACCGUGGUUCUUAAUGACGUCAAUGACAACCAGCCUCGACUACCAGUUUAUCCUCCUGUGUCUGUUCAAGCAGGAACAUCACGAAGAAUCAUUGCAAAGAUUUCUGCUAAGGAUAAUGAUGUAGGGGAAAAUGCUGAGAUUCAGUAUAGCAUCUACCAUGUAUCCAACAAUGGCAAGGAUAAGUUUUCCAUCAAUGCUUCAACUGGAGAAUUAUCUGUUGUUGGAGAAGUUGAAGCUGGAGACCAAUACUCUGUCACACUUAGGGCUACAGACAAAGGUGGAUUGUCUAGUCAGAGCAUAUUGGAGGUGAUGGUCAACCGAGGUCCCAACACAGGGGGUCCAGUGUUCACCUUACCACGCUACUCUGCUGCUGUCAGUGAGGGUGCUGCUCCUAAUUCUGUUGUUUUCACACUCACAGCUAUUGAUCCAGAAGGUGACCCAGCUAGCUUCUCUCUCAUUGGUGGAAAUGAGCUCCGGCAUUUUGAUAUUGGAGAAACGUCUGGAACUCUACGUUUAGUGGACCAGUUGGAUCGUGAGAGUCUGGAUGCUUAUAAUCUGGUAGUGAAAGCUGCAGAUCCAGAGGGUUUGUCCAGCACAGCUACAGUCAGCAUUACUGUUGGUGAUAUCAAUGACAAGAAUCCAGAGUUUAUAGGUUUACCAUACUCCUUCAGAGUGAAUGAAGGGCAGGAAGAUGCUGUGGUUGGUAUUGUGAAGGCUGAGGAUGAAGAGGUGGGUGUUCAUGGUGAAGUGUUUUAUUCAGUACCAGAGAAUUCUCCCUUCAACAUUGCUAGUGAUACUGGUGAGAUCAGGACAAAGCAAGCACUUGAUUAUGAGAAACAACAGGUGCACUUAUUAGUGGUGACUGCCAAAGAUGGGGCCCCUGAUCCACGGCUCUCCACUGCUACAGUGACUGUAUUAGUUAGUGAUAUGGGGGAUGAGCCACCGGUAUUCUCUCAGCAGGUGUAUGAGGCUACUGUACCAGAAAAUCUUCCUGAUGCUCUGCUCACCACCGUCGUAGCUACUGACCCAGACACCAAACCAGAGAUAACAUACAUAAUGGUGAAUGGGGAUUCACAGCUGUUUAGUGUGGAGCCUGAGACAGGUCAGGUUAGCACCUACCGUGGACUGGACUAUGAGGCCUCUCCCAGACACACCAUCAUUAUUGGCACCUUAGAAAAUUCUCAGGGUGGCUCACAGUCAACAUGUUCGGUGUUAGUUACGGUAGAAGACACCAACGAUAAUCCACCUGUGUUUAGCAUGUCAGUGCGACCCAUCACCAUCCCUGAGGCAUCACCCCCUGGUACCUUCAUGGCUACAGUUAUUGCCACUGACGCUGAUGGUACUGGACCUAAUAAUAAAGUGGAGUAUGAGCUGGUGGGUUAUAAUAAUGCUCCAGAUUACUUCGCAAUUGAUAAGGAAUCUGGCAUAAUCACUGUUAAAACUAACCUUCAGGCUGAACAAGAUUCUGAUUUUGAGUUGGAGAUUGUAGCUCGAGAUGGAGGAAAGCCACAACUGAGUACCACCUCAACAGCUUCAAUAUCAGUAGAGAGGGUGAUAGCUGAACCACCUCCUGCUGAAGCCUGGGCAACAUUUACUGAUACACACUUCUCUUGCAUUGGAAUGUUUGCCACAGAAGUAACAGUUGAGCGCCAUUGUGGGCUUGUUCUACGAGCACCUCUUGACUUUGAAUCCAAGCAGCACUAUUCCCUGACAGUGGCUUUGGAGGCUCCCUCAGCCCCACCAGAUACUGAAAACAGAUUUGCAAAGAUGCUAAUGACAAUGAGCCAGAGUUCAUAUCCAAGCCACCAUACAGGGACUACACACAUGGUGGUAUUUUUGCCUUUGUAUUCACAAAUAUCCACAUCAGUUCUGCAGGUGACAGCUGAGGACAACGAUUCUGGAGAAUUUGGCCGUAUACAAUAUGAAUUGGUUCCAGAGAGCAACCGUGGUGGAUACUUUAGCAUAGGACUCACCUCAGGACUUGUGAUGACCGAGCGAGACAUGUCUUCAGUGCCACCUGAAAUUCUGCCUUUCAACCUGACAUUGGUGGCUCGUGAUAACCCUCAGCAAAUUGGUGGUGUGUCACAUUCCACAUCUGCUUCUCUUAUUGUAAACCUGGUUCAAGAGAGUCAUCGUCUAGUUCUUGUUGUGGAAGCUUCCCCAGAUCGUGUUAAGCACAAUCGUGAUAACUUGGUUGCUGUUUUGCAGGAACACUCUAAUCAAAUCAUUGGGAUUGAGAAGAUUGAAUCUCGACGGUUUGUUGUUAACAGGAGCCUGGAAAGUGAUGCCAGUGCCACAGAUGUUUGGUUUCACAUAGUUAAUGCUAGCACAGGCAAACUGCUAGAGCGUCAGCACCCGGCUGUUAAAAAAUUUGCUAUGGGAGAGGCAGAAAGAAACACACUUUUUGAUCACUUGACAGCAGCACUAGAGGGAGUCAGAGCUACAGAUAUACGAUCUCCCAUACUACUACAGCCAGUGACGGAAACUUCCCAUCCUGUCACUCCUGUGGUGAAGGCUGUGACACUUGAAGGCUUCCAGGUAGCUCUUAUUGUACUUGCUGGCAUCAUUGUCAUCAUGGGAGUCAUUGGAAUCUGCUACAUCUGUGUGCAAUGGAAAAGGUAUAUACGACAUCGUGAUGAAGCCAGCAAAGCAGUCGUGGUUGUUGCACCACCAUAUGAAAGAGUCGGGUCAGUCAUUGAACCUGUUACUAAAGAAUAUGAAGUUCAGGUACUGCACAUGAGUGUUCCUAUGGAUGAUGAGUCAGUGCAGGAGCUAACCUUUGACUCCAGACCCUCUCAUCAUUUCUCCAUGGAUAAUGUAUCUUAUAUCACCAAACAACAAUUGAGUGAGGAUGGCAGCACUAGCAGCAGUAGGGAAGUAGAAGGUGUCAUUGAUAGUGAUAAGAGCAUCCCAGGAAUGUCACAUCAAUAUCAUCAGCAUGACAAAACUGUAGGAAUAGAUUGGGAUACUCCUCCAGGUCAACGCCACCUCCAACAUAUAUCUGCAAUCGCUGCCCCCACUCCAUCUGGCAGAAACCCUGCCUAUGAACAUUUUGCUGAUGAUGAAGAUGGUGGUGAAGGACCCUUGAGUGUCAGUGCCACCAAUGAAAAUGUUAUGUUUGGCCGACGAGGUUUAACAGAACCAUCACCUGUGCAAACUACUACUGAACUUUGAAAUUGUUCAUAAAGACUAACACAGGAUACACAAGAUUUAUAGCUUUCACUUAAUCACUUAAUAUUGAAGAUCUCUGUAAUGUUACCGGUCUUUGUGACAAUUUAUAGUGGAAAGAGAACAUUCAGUAAAGUUAAUUACUGUACCUGUAAAGCCAUAUUCUAAAUCUAGAUUCAAGUUUUCAUUACUAUCCUGGAAUAGUGAGAUGAUAAUUAACUACAGAAAAUAUUCAGUGAUUCUGAAUGCGUCAACAUUUGUGUGUACCGUUCACCACAAGAAUUAUUUGUUUUUAUGAGAAAUUUUGUGGUUAAAAGCAAUAUAUUAGUUAUUGAUUACAGUUGCUUUCAAAUUAUGUUGAUAAUGUGUUUUCAGCAACUAUGAUAUUACAUUGACUAAUGAGUAUGUAUCAGCUCAAAUUGUUAAUAUUGUAAUAUGUUGAACUUGGUGCUUUUUGAGUGUGCUCAAGUUAUUUUUUAUUUAUGGCCUAUGGUCCUUUAAUGAGUGACCUGUGAAUAACCAGCACACUUAACACCCAAGGACAAGAGUCCACUAGUAUCAUUGUUCAGUUGAAGGUUGCAUUUUGCUGUGAAUAAUGGAAAAGCUGCUCUUCAUCCAGUCAUCAUACCAGGAGUCUUUUAAGUAAUUCAGUAGCAUGGUUGUUGAAUUUAUAGCAAGUGACCUAUCCCAGUCAGGAAUUAAGCUCUCGUCAGUGUGUUUUGUUUAAUGUACAGGUAUAUGUAAAUUUGUAAUGUCUGGUGAUGUUUGGUAACCUUUGAAUUUUUUAAAGUAUAUGAUAAUGCAUUACAAUAUUAAUUUUAUUUCACUUCAUAUUAUAUUCUGAAUUGAGAAAAUAAUUACUGUAUACACAAUGAGAUAAGAAGGUGGGGAUGGCUAUUGAGACAAACUCAAGCCUGGGAAAAUCCAGAUAGGCCUCUACAAGCUAUGAGGCCAUAUCAUAUCAUUACCACCUCUAAUGUGCCCUUUUUGAGGAGAAUCUCUCAAAUCCAUAUUGGAAUAAGGUGCAUGGACCUGAGUUUGAAAUUUCCCUGUGACUUUAGGGAUUAUCUAAGUUUAGCCCUCAUAAUUUACAAGAUAUGACAAGGGGUUCAUUCAGUAAUGCUGUUGAUGCAUGAGCUCCACUUUACAUUAUUUACUGGAUUUUAAGUCUCAAGACAUUGAAGGAUCAUUGUGGCCCUAAAUAAAGAAUUGAAGAAUGAAAUCUCAUUUAAUGGCCAAAGACCAAGCUGAGUGACCUGGAUUCCUUCUAUCUUAUGGGUUAAAUUUUGGAUCAACCAGGCCUGAGGGCUGGAGUUCUGAAAUUCCCUUUGUAUCUCAGGUAGUUCAGUAUAUUAAUGAUUUUAAUUCCUGACUGGAUACCUCAAAAUACUCCUAGUGUGACUGAUAUAAAUUUUUCUUGUGACAACUACAUUAUUCCCAGCUGCCUACUGACCAGUUGUACCUUAAGGUGUAAGCAGGCUCUUUUAUUGGAUGGUCAGUGUGCUGAUAAUUCACAGGACAUUAACCUUUGCCCAUGGCCAUAAAAUGGGAUUUUGUACUCUACUGUAAUCCUUCACUAAUCAGUUAUUAAAUGUCAUAAAAAAAAAUUUGCCAAAUACAUCUCAGAGAUAUUACAUUAAACUGUAAACCAGCAAGGAUACAGAUUUAUACUCAGAGUGGAAAGAUAGAUUUUCCAUAGUAACUUCUUCCUGCCUAUGUCAUAACCCAUAAUUCAUCUCAUGUUAUCCUUUUGUCUUUUGCAAUUGAUUUAUACAUGAAUUUUAACCCUAUUUAUAUUUAACAUCUCUUUAUUAACUUUAAUAAGAGAUAUUGUAAAGAACUCCAAUAAUAUUUAUUCCCUGAGCCAAUUGUAGUCAUGAUAAUUUUACAGCUUCCCUAAUUGUUUUGCAAUUUUCUGUACAAAUAACAUUGAGAUCCCUCAGAUACUAAUUAUUUAAGUGUUAAAAGCUUUCUAUGUAUAUACUUAGAUCAAUAUUCAUUAUAUAUAUAUAUGUAUAUGUAUAGCAAUAGUUUCUUUUACAAUAAAUUUUUUUUAACAAG